AUGCAACCACGAACACGCCCCAUUCAGCGGGUUGCGGCCGCCGCAUCGCAGUGCACUGCUGAGGCCGCCGUCUAUGGCAAAUGCAUUGUUGCCGACUACAACGCGGUGCACAAGGACAAAUGUGCCGCCGAGUUUAUGAAGCUGAAGGACUGCUACCUGCAUGCCAAGAAGGUCUCCAGGCGUGCUGUGCACGAUAUUGCUCAUGCAUUGACUACGGCCAGACGUGGCGGUGGCGCCCUGGAGAGGGCCAAUCCGGGAAGCAUGCCACGAUCCACGAUGCUAUAG